AAGUAGCAGGUGCGCAAUCAUUGGUGUCUGACCUAGAUCUCCCUCCACAGUAGAAUAAAUGUCAUCUUCGCGCACCAGGACAUGACCGACCGUGCGUGCCUCCCUUAGGAGCUGCAGUGAACAUGAUGACAAGGAGCCGCUUUUCUAAAAUCUUGAGAAAGGCUCUGAAUAAUCACUCCCCCGAAGGAACAGCGACUUGAAUCAUUAUUCUCAUUGUUUGGCUUUGUACUUUAUAGUCGAACUGGGGAAGUAGAUGCUGAGAAGUGUAGUAUUGCUGUAGUUUUUGCCACUUGAUGUCAACAUCACGUAGUCUUUGUAGCUGAGAUCGAAGAGCGACACAAGUUGUACGAUUUCCUUCUGUUUCAGUAUCGUCUCAUCAUCUCUCGCCUGUACCACUUUUUUUCGUAUUUAUAUCUACCACGAGUUCAUCGCGCCCUUUGAGGUCAAGAUACAUACGACAGCACCGAAUCACAAUCAACAUCUGAUUGCCGUAGAGACGCGUGAAAAUAUCCUCAUCCGUAUCACGAACUGAAGGAACAACCAUCAGCUAGUUACCGAAACGAAACAACAUGGACGGCGGGCAGCAAAAUAGCGGUCCGCAGGAGCAGAUUGGCGGCUCCCAGCCCUCUUCCUCGCCACCGCGGCCCACCCCCGGUGCGGCGAGCAGCAGCGGCGCAGCCCCAGGACUCGCUGGGGCCACACAGGACGUGCUGGGGCUCGCACCGGAAAACUUCGACGCCACCCAAGUGGACCACGCCGGCGUGCCGCUCGCGCCCAUACUAAACACGCAAGCGAGCCAUGCCGUCCCGGACAACACGCAGGAUCUGGAUCGGUACCUCGAUGCGUCCCAGCGACAGUCGCCAAUACGCAGCCGCCCGCAGUCCCCCGUGAACAAACCUGCAGAAGGACCACGAACAGACAACUCACCGGCACGACACAGUGCGCGGGGUACUAGCCAAUCACCAGCAGCACACCCGAAGUCCCCUGUUAUUUCCUCCUCGCAGGCCGAGAUCCUUGGAACUGCAGACUCCUUCGUGGGCGCCACGCAAGUCGAGUCGCAGCUUCAGCAACAGCAGCAGCUGGAACAGCAGAGCGGAAGCGAGCCUGCUGCGGCGGGUCUACAGUCGAGCGCGGUAGAAAAAGAUUUGGAUUUUUUCUUUUCUAAUGUUGACCAAAGCUUCGCGAUGAUGUGCAUGUGCAUGAGCAUGACAGACUCUGAUGAAUGUGUCGUUUGAAAUGAGAAACUCAGUCAUGUUGCCUCUUCAAUUAAUACAUCAAGUAAAAACGAAAAUGGGAAAUAAAACAUGCAACGCCAACGUUUCUUGAUCUCUUUCACUCUCCAGGACGAUGAUGGCGACGAUUUGUUUGGUGACGGCGAAAAGAUUGCAGAACCUUCUGCAGCACCAGCGGAGCCCGCGGUUCUCGACCCAGACCAGGAACUUGACAACUUGUUUAUGGAUGAUGACGUACUUUUUGAAAAAUUUUUGUGUUGCAUAAGCUGCAAUUAAUACUCAUUUAGAUUUACGUGCUCAUGUCUUGUCGCCUUUGUUCUAGCCAUUCGUACUACUACUGGAAUGCCGCAUGUACAAGUAUGUUGGCCUUUUUUACGUUUUUUCUGUAUGAAGCAGUUGCAUCUGCAAAAGAAAACCAUGACAGCUGGACGAUUUUGAUCUCACCGCGGGCGUGGAUAUGCUCGGCGGAGAUGAUUUUCUGAAGCUUGGCGACACCGGAGGUGCGGACAGCACGGCAAAAACGGCGGCACAGCAGCUGCUGGAGGAGGAGGAGGAUUUGUUCGGCGUGAUCUCCGACGAAGAAGAGGACGUGGCGGCGGAGGGCGUACAGCUCCUCCGACGAGAAAAACUGAAGGGAAAUCCGGUAUAUAGACAAUUACGGGUAGUUUUUGGAAAGAAACAGGGAUACUAGUGCAGCGAUUUACACAUACGUACGUUUUUCACUUCGAGUUCUUAGUUUUCACGUGCUACUACUACAUUUCAUGCUCGUAACCGCCCACCCUCCCAGUACGAUGGAGGAAUAUGCCUGCCGCAUGCGUUGAGGAAAAUGUUUGCAUUUGCUUGGUUGAAAAAAAAAAUGCCCCGAAAAUAUUAAAUUAUCCACAGCUUUGCGUAUUCAACGUGCCAAACAUUAUCUCCUGGGAGAAGCAAGCCUUCGACGAGCGAGACUCCCUGCGCACGCUGGAACAUCUGUGGCAAGAAAGCGACCGGAACGGGGUCAAGCUGAAAAACCCAGAAAACACGUUCCGCUGGAAGUUCAAGCGCGACGCCACCGGCAAGUGGAUGACCAACAGCAAAGGGAUUCCAGAGUAAUAUUGAAACAUUUUUUGCAAUUUGCGCCUGCACUUUUAUUUGAUGUGCAACUUCGAGAUAUUGCUGUUUUGCAGCACUAAAAGUUGAAUUUUUGCAAGUCGUGCGUUCUUCAUUGUUCUGGGAGAACUGUCACUCAUGGAGGGUUCUUUUUACCUGCUUCCAGUGCGGUGCAUGAUCAUCGUGAUCAUGAUUCGUACUUGGUAUGCAUAAACAAGUUUCGCAUUCAAAAUAUCAGGUACGAGUCCAACGCACGGAUUGUGGAAUUCGAAAAUGGCGACAAAUUUCUGAACAUCGGCGAGGAAUAUUUCAAGAUUCAGGAAAAAGCGGAGAAGAUACGUCGGCACCAUCUGUAUUGACAUCAAUCUUUUUUCGCACGGUCGUCCACCACCGAAUGCCGCGGAUUUUUUUUUUUCAAAAUUGUUUCGCGCACUUGAUUUGUUUUUCCAAUUGUAGUUGCCACACAAAAUGAAAUUCCAGGUUCAGCGAGCAGGAGCACUACGUUUUCGCGCACCACACACCGCUGAUGCACUACGCAACCGCGGUGCCACUGGAUAUCAAGUCCAACACCCACGACAAAUUGAUGGCUGCGCAAAUCAAGAAGGUACUUGUUAUGUGUGGUGUGUCGCUCUACUUAUGGGAAUGGGAUCGUAAAACCUCUUCAACUACACACUCCAUGUUUCUACCAGAAGGUUUGACUUUGAGAAUGCGAAUAAUAAAAAUUUUGUUCAUACAACCUUAUCAUCCUCUACACUAUCCCCAGGUUAUGCCGGACCGCAAGAUCACGACGGUGACUGCGCAGCAGGUGGCGGAGAACCAGCGCAUCUACAAGCUGGACCAGGAGGAGGAGCGGAAGCGCAAGGCCAUCGCGAACGCGGGCGCCGCGAGCUCGCGGAAGCGGCCCGCCGCGAAGGACCGGGACCUGGGGUUGACCGCCGAGUUUUUGGAGCAAGACGGUGAACCGGAUCACGGUGGUGGCGUGUCCCUGAAGAAACUCCGCAACGAGGGCCGCAAGGGAAACCACGACGACAACUUCCUGCGUCGCACGGGAGACACGCUCGGAAGGUAAGGGGCUGGAUGGGCGGACCGUGGUCAUUUCGCAGUUCUUGCAGAUGAAGAAAAGCGCCGUUCGUGCUGCUGGUGUGCUGUUCGAUUGAUGAUAAUCGGAACGAUCUGCGCUUUGUGCAAUGGAUUUGGUCAUCUUCCUCGGGAGUAAGUUCAGGAUACUUACGAAGGACCGAAGAGAUAAAACAUUUCUUUCACAUUCUCACACUAUUUGAUUUUGAUUGGCAAACAUCACGAAAAAUGGCACCAUGAACAAUCAGAAUCAUCCACAGCUGAUUCUGCAAGCCAGGGUGCGCCGACUGUUGUUUUCUUCUAUUCCUAUGUACUAUUUCCUGACAGGAUCCUGAAAGGAAGUGCAACCGACCUCCAGCAUCAUUCAGGUUGUGUGUAAAAAAAUUCGUGUGCUUACGGUAGUGCGGUUUUGAUGAGCGACAGAGGCGACCUCUUUGUUAUAGUCAAUUAAGUACUUCCCAGAUGAGAGAUGCAGGCCUCUUUCUGAAGUUGAUAUGUGAUUGGCGGAGAGAUUCGACGCCAGUUAAAAUCAACAACGACUCCACCGACUUCCACUUGUUGCACAUAGUUUCAGUUUCUUCUGCAGUCAAGCAUAAUUAGGGUGGGUGGAUUGAGUGAGCAAGCCAGAGGAGGUGACAGACAGAACAAGAAUAAAAGCAGAGAAACUGAAUCGCAGUAUCACGAGCAGCUCGAGGUUGGAUUGGUAGGUAGUUGAGCUGAAAAAAACAGUAGCAAAGGGUAAUUAUCCCAGCUGGGCCACCUCGCUUGGCAAUAUCAAUAAGUGCAGGGGCGGCAUUGGAAGAACUAUUCGUAUUUGAAUUAAGACUAGCAAAACCGGUCUGCGAACAAUCGCCGCGCGGAUGUCUUUGUCGACGUCGUCCUCGUCGAGCGGCGCCAGCGUGACGGCCAAAGGGGUGGCGCAGGACGGCAGC